AUGUCGAACGCUAGCGACUCUCCUCGAACGGAUCAGCCCGUUAUCCCUGCAGACCUAACUCGAGCUUCUUAUCACAGCGGAAUGGGUGACCUACCCCUACAACAACCGCAUACGACACAGCAGACCCGCAGCUCUUCCGAGAGCAGUGGUGCCUCGCUGAAGAGCCCUCGUACAGCUCGAUUCGCCGAAGCCACAACCGUGCACUCGCCAAUUGAGUCGUCGAGCCGCUCCCCAUUCGCUGACCCCCCGCAAAAGCAAUCCGGGGGCGUUGCCGAUGUUGGAUUCGGCUAUGUAGCUGCCAGCGACCCUGCACAGCAUGCCGAAGACUCGCGGCCACCGAUGACGCCUGCCCUCGCCUCGCCGUUGAGGAGCGGGCUAAAGGUGCCCAACACAGCGAAGUCUUUGAACCCGCUGAGCCCGACCUUCCGAGAGGAGUACAUGCUGGAGAAGCAAGAGAAGGUGGCCGAGAAGGAGAAUGCUCGUGAUUUGCGAAUCAAACUCCGGGUCCGCAUUGCGAAAAUUUUCCUCCGCAGCGUCAACUUCUCAUGCAGUCUGAUUGUGCUGGCACUACUGGCUACGACGCUGACCAUUUUCAAUGCCACCAAGAGCCUUCCCACACGCAACAGUUUGCCCGCCUGGGCAGAGGGCAGCAACCCGUGGGCACAGUACUUGCUACUGGGCUUGGCUUGUUUCUCUCUGUUUGCGUGCUUGAUUGUCUUCUGGGGCUAUUGGAAAGGCGGACAUCGUCGAGCUGAAAAGGUCACUAUCUACUAUACCACAUUCUCGAUCUGUUUCUUCAUCUUCAGCUUCGUUAUGUGGAUUGUCGGUGCGGCCAUUUACCAGCACUCCAAGUCUUCCGGUAAUAACAAGGAUAUAUGGGGAUGGUCUUGCGCACAGAACACGCGUGAAGAGAUCUAUUCUAAUUCGGUCGACUACGCGCUCGUUUGCCGUCUUCAGGACUGGGGCCUCGUCUGCGCCAUUAUCGAAGUCGUCAUCGAACUCCUGGUCCUGAUCAUCUACGGCGUCGUCGCUUACCGUCUCUGGACCAAGCGCCGCCUCAUGAAGUCGAUGGACACCCGCGACAAAGCCCGCUCGGAUCUGUACCUCGCUCAACUGCGUCUCCAGUCCGCCCCCAACACUCCAGGUUUCCCCGGCUUCUCAAGCUACCCGCCCAAGUCGCCAUUCGGCAUCUCGGUAGACCCCUACUCCGAAGCUGAGAAGGGCCAGGCCUCGCCAACGACGACGCAGUACGCCUCGCCGCGUUCUCCAACCAGGCCAACCCCCUCGUUCCAGCUCCAGCCUCCACCCAUCCGCGUUCAGCAGGCUUCGCCCCGCGUACAACAGGAGGGCUUCUCAGCGCCUCAGGCGCCCAGGUCCCCCUCCCCACCAGCAAAGAGCGAGCCUCAACACAUGGCCGCGGCACCGGGUGAGGCAGACUACGGCGCUGUGCCUAUCCCUGGUGCUUACACAAGUCCCAUGAUGCCGGCAUUCCCGGCUGCGGUGCACAAAUAA